AUGGAUGGCAAGGUCGUCCUGGUGACAGGAGGAGCCAAGGGCAUAGGCCGCAUGAUAUCAGAAGGCUUCGUCACCAACGGCGCCAAGGUCUACAUCUCCUCGCGGGACGGCAAGGCAUGCGACCAAGCCGCCGAGGAGCUCACAGCCCUGGGCAAGUCCUCAGGCGGCAGCGCGGCCUCCCUCCCAGCAGACCUGCAGUCCCUCGACGCGUGCAAGGCCCUCGCCGCGGAGCUGGGCAAGCGCGAGCCCGCGGGGCUGGAUGUGCUGGUGAACAACUCGGGCGCGGCGUGGGGCGAGCCGCUCGAGACGCACCCGGACGCGGCCUGGACGAAGCUGCUGACCCUCAACCUGCAGCGCGUCUUCACGCUCACCCAGCUCCUCAUCCCGCUGCUGGAGAAGAAAAGCAGCAGCAAGGCGGGCUCCUCCUCCUCCGCCUCCGCCUCGCCGGCCCGCAUCAUCAACAUCGGCAGCAUCGACGCCCUCCGCGUCCCCACCAUGGAGAACUACGCCUACAGCGCCUCCAAGGCCGGCCUGCACCACCUGACGCGCACCCUGGCCGUGGCGCUGGGCCCCCGCGGCGUCACGGUCAACACGCUCGCGUGCGGGCCCUUCCCCUCCAAGAUGAUGCGCGCCGUGCUCGACUCCGCCGGCGACGCCAUCGCCGAGGCGAACCCGCUCGGCCGCAUCGGCACGCCGCAGGACGCCGCUGGCGCGUGCUUGUUCCUGUGUGGCCGCGCGGGUGCGUUUGUCAACGGGGCCACGCUCGCGCUUGAUGGGGGCGUUAGUCUGCUGGCUAGGUUGUGA